AGCGCCACAAUCGUGUGCUUUUGUGGGGCCAUGGAACCGAAAAUUCCUCGUGGUUCCGAAUAAUCUGCCUUAAUUUAGUAUUUUCAUUUAGUUUACUCUGUAAAUUGUAUCGUUACAUCAAACCAUAGGAUUGGAAACUCCCCAAAGUUCAACGCCACAUCAUGGAUCUGAAUGAACAUGAAUUGGCCGAACUUGAGGAGCGGUUGUACUCCAGCAUCCAUCAUGCGGAAUCGGAAUCCACCGACAUUGUGCCCGCAUUGGAAGCUGCAGUGAAGCCACCGGCUCCGGGAGUUCCCGCAGGUCCGUUGCGGAUUGUGACCGAAAAGUCGAUUAUCAACACUGCGCGGCAGACUGCUUCUUCGAAAAUCAAACGCUACUGGGACUCACUGCAGCAGCAGAAUAAUAGAAUGUCCUAUCCUGGAAUCAGCAAACCGAAGCGAAUUGGAUCGACCGAGGGGAAAGCUAACGAAAGUGUUGAUGGUGAGUCUGCUCCGACAAAGAAGAUUUUCACACCAUACCAAUCGAUUCUUGGUUCUAUGAGUUCGGUGAAAGACGACGAUGGCUCGGUUCCUUCGGCAGAGGGGCAGAGUGAAGAAAAGCAAAGAAAGAAGAAGAACACCCAAGGAGAUGGGAAACGAAGUUGCAAUCCUAGUGAAACACGUAAUAGGAAACAGGAACAACUUAAAAAGCUCAAAGGGAAGAAAGCUAAAGCUUUGAAGAAUCGUCAGAAGGUCGGUGCUGGUGAACACCGUCUGGUAGCUACGAUCGAUCUGGAUACGUCUUCGGAAGAAGAGGGAGAGUAUCGUUCACCAGAUCCGGUCAAGCAGGAGAAGAAGGAAAGUGAUGUUCCAGGUCAAGAGCUGGAAGACUCGGAUCCAGAUGAGGUGGUUCUGAUUCCGACUGCACCUCCGCCAUUGGUCUGCAUUGUGGACAGUGAAGAUGAACUGGCGAAGGACGGUUUUACGCACCCAAAAUCAAAGAAGAAAAAACAGACAAAGAAGAUUAAUUCACCGCGCUGCGUCAGUCCGUCGAAUAGUUCGAUUAUGUCCGACGAUUUCAUCGGGCACAGUGACCGUACCCGACUAAACGAUAGCUACAUGGAAGGAAUAACCAACGAUGAGGAAUUGGAUUGUACGGCUCCGCACACGGUCGGAUCGUUGCUUGCUGGUGAACGUAGAGGUUUUGGAGACCUUUCCCGACAAACUCGAGCUCCUUCAAUCUCUUCAGAUUGCACCGUAGCUACAAGCAGUGAUACAACUGAUCCAGAUAAGCGUAACGGUGUAAAGCAGAAUUCUUCGGUACCUUUAGCUGAUCAGUCCGCUGGAGGUCCUAAAGUUUGUUCAACUCCAAAGCAAACGUUAACCGUUAAGAAACCAACAGGUUCCAAAACAUCCAAAGCAUCAGAAGACGACAGCAGAUAUGCGGCGACGUCCGCCAAAAAGUCCAAACCAUCCACGGAGAAACUCCCCAGCAGCGAUUCCUCGGAUGAAAGCGAGGGAGGAAAUGUUUCAUCCCACUCAAAGCGAUCCAAAUCCUAUCAAUCGGAUACUGGCAGUACGAAGAGUUUGGUGAAACGAAGCAAAAAACGUCGCAAGCAAGAAUCUGAGCAGUAUUCUGAUGAAGAUUUUGCCUCGAUGUUGACUGACAUUGUGCAAGCUAUUUCCGAGAAUGAAGAAGAAGAAAGUUCCGACGAGGAAACGACCGGCGAAACGGUGGAGAAGUCUUCGCAAGAAAUUGUAGAACAAGUUUCUACGAGUAUAGAAGAGUGUGUAACAGAACACUCGAACGAUGUCCAAGAGGUAGACGUGGAGGAACCGCAAAACCAGAUCAGUUUGCCACAAGUCGAGCCCCGUAUAGAAACCCAAGCACCAGUCGUAAUCCCGGGAGAUAGCAAUGAUUCAUUGUCUGUUGUGGCAAUUGAUGAAAGCGCUCCUCCGCCGCUGGUUGAUUUGGUUGAUGAAAAUGUUUCUGAUCGGCCGCAAGAACAGGAGAAAGAAGAAGAGAUUAUUGGACUUCGACGGGUGAGUGGCAAUCCCGAGUGCUGCUGGAACGAUGAGGUUCGAAAAUUCUACAACGAUUCCUGGAACUGUGAAGAUUUCAACAUUUCCACAGUGCUAUUCAAUAUGCCACGUUCUAACAAAUACUGGCCAAUUGUUCACAAGGAUAAGUACCCUGAUCCACCGAAGAAGGAAAUUAUCUGCAACAAUUGUGGUGAACGUGGUCACAUGCGCUACAAGUGCCGCAAUACUCCAAAACCGAAGACGUGCUACAUGUGCGGUCUAGCGGGGCACCAGGAGGUUCGAUGUCCAAAUACGCUGUGCCUUAAGUGUGGAGAAAAGACGAAAAGUUUCCUACGCGGUUGCCAAUCGUGUGCCCGCGAGCAAAACAUGAUCUGCCAUAUGUGCGGAGUGCGAGGCCACGGACAGAGAAACUGUCCGGACAAGUGGCGACGCUACCAUUCGACGAUCGAGGACAAUAAAACCCUGACGAAGCUAUUUGUCCGCAACCCGAAUGCUAAACACUGUUGCAUUUGUUCACGCGCCGGGCACCAAGCGCACGCGUGCAAUGCAGCGUUUAAGAUAUUUGGCCAGUUGGUCCCAACGACCGAGGUGAAGAGCUAUCAACAUGUGUAUCCAUUUCAACGCUAUCGGCGGCAGAACCAUGGCGAAAAGUUUAACCAGUUCAGCGACAUGACGGACUAUCGGCUCAAUUUCGAUGAAUCUUUUGCUGCCAAUGAGAACAGUUUUUACUACCGUUUCGCGAAGUCUGUUGGAAUCGUGGAGGAAAAGAAGCGAAAAGAAGCUCGUAAGCUGAAACGGGCAGCAAAGAAACAGAAAACCGUGGAAGGAACUCUGAGUGAACCGGUAGUGAUUGAUGAUGACUCGAUGAAAGCAGACGAUCAGCCAAGCAGCUCCAAUACGGUUAUCUCUCAUAGAAAGGCUGUUAACGAAGAUUCGAACUACAGUUUCUCUGAAUUUUAUGAAGAUAAGGCUGCCAAUCUACCUCAAUCAUCCGAUCAUUUGCCGGACUAUAUUCCUCUGAUUUCGUCCGAGACCCUGGUUGCCCCAGCUAGUGUGGAACAACUGAGAACUGAUGCCAAAAUUUUCCUCACCAAACCGCACGCCAAAAUUCUGCUCGGACCCAUUGGUGCCACGUUUCUUAAGGAUGCGUCAUCCAAAUUUGCCCUGAAGGUAAGCAUUUCAUUCCAAUCGGUGGGAAACGUUCUGUUAGCGAACGGAUUAUCAGCCGAUCAGGAUAACUUCCACAAUGAGUUAGUGAAAUUUCUCAAUGAUGCUUCUCAUCAAAACGAACAAUUGAAGCUUAUCAAUAAUGUUCCGAAAGCUACCGAGAAAACCAUACGCUAUAUCACGGAACACCUUUUGCUGCUAACCCGGCCUUAUGGCAAUGCCAGGAUAUUGUUCAAACGAUAUCAGCAUUUCGAAGAGCAAGGGGCUAACGUGAAGACCUGCGACAAAAUUCGGCGAACGUUGAAUAUCAUUCUGUUCGGUCAGUACGGUUUGAGAGCCGGUCGUGAGCAUCUAACAAAACUGCAGUCAAACCUAAGAAAUCUGCAAAGCACUCAGGAUGUGAAUGUAUCGGUAGAUUUUCGAGACGAGAUCAACCAACACAUUCGGUACAUUUUUACCUCCUUCGAUCAUUCAAAUUAUGAAGACAUUUUGAAUGAAUAUGAGCAGCUGCGGAAGACCAAAAAGCUACAUAAGAUUAAACCUAAAGACCUAAAUCUGCCUCCGCUCUCCCCAAUCAAGGGCAGCGACACGACCGAAAACUUCGCAGACGAUUCGUUCAAUGAGUUCAAAGAUUUAAACUUCGCUGAACGCAACACUGCCGUAGAUUUUCUCAGUUCCCUCGACGAAGAUCUAAUCCUGAAUACCUCCGAUCAGUUGAUCGACCCACGGAAAACUCCAGCAGACUUCGAUGAACAUUCAGAUUCGGGUCAAUUAAAACCAGAUUCACCUCCAGCCAGUUCACUCCCAAAUCCUACGCCGAAAGUGAAGCACAAUUCCAAGCAGCAUAGGGUGGAUACCUUGCUGGAGGAAUGCAGUCACAUGGUCAAAAUGCUGAACAGUGUACCGAUUACCGCAAAAUUCGAACGAAUAUGCAGUCAAACCCGGCACGGACACUUAUCCAAAGCCAACUACCGUACGCUCAAGGGAAUCCACACGGUACUGAGAGGUAAGCUUAAUCGGAAGUUAUCAUUUAGGAAGAAAGGGGCCGUUUAGUUAGUUGUCUUGUUUUUAAUGAUGAUGUCGGAGUUUGAACUGGAAUAAUAGGCAUCUCAAAAUUACUAUUAUAAUUUUGUGUAAUUUACUUUUCGUGGAUGGCAACAUGGUUGCGUUUUAUUUUCAAUAGAGAAAUGUGAAGUGUAUCUA